GUGGCCGCAACAUGAAGAAUGGGAAACAUGUGGCCAGAGAUCUGAAUUUGGAUGGAUGCAAAUGGCGGAACCUGUUAUGAAAUCAUAUACUGAGGCUACUGAUGGAUCCUGCAUAGAAAGAAAAGAAAGUGCUUUAGUCUGGCAUUAUCAGGAUUCAGACCCUGGUUUUGGUUUUUCUCAGGCAAAGGAGAUGUUGGAUCAUUUAGAGAGUGUUUUAUCCAAUGAACCCGUUUCCGUGAAGAGUGGCCAGUUCAUUGUAGAAGUCAAGCCUCAGGGAAUCAGCAAAGGCCUAGUUGUAGAAAAGAUUUUCACAACAAUGACACAGAAAAGGAAACAGGCUGAUUUUGUGCUCUGCAUUGGCGAUGACAGAUCGGAUGAGGACAUGUUUGAAAUCAUUGAUACUGCAGUAUCGAGAGGCAUUCUUUCUUACAAUACUGAAGUGUUUGCCUGCACAGUCGGGCAAAAACCAAGCAAAGCCAAAUAUUAUUUGGAUGACUCAUCUCAGGUCAUAAACAUGCUCGAGUCUCUUGCUGAAGCCACUGAUUCUCCAGCCUCAUCUGAUGAGGAAGCUGAUAGCUCCUUGUAAAAAUGUAUUCAGGUUUAUCGUUUGUUUGAAUUUGUUUCGACUACCAAUUGAAAAUCAUCCAAGUUUGGCAGGCUUACUGUAUAUAUGUUUACAUGGGUGUAAGAUUUUAGGUACAAGGAAAUGAGAUGCAUAAUUUUCCUGUUUCUAUUC